AAACUGGUCAGGCUAUAAAACGCUCAAUUUUGACUACACUGCGAAGGAGCCGCCGGAACUGAGCAGCAGCAGGACAUAGUGAAAAAUGGGAAAGAAAACGAAGAAACCAGGCAAAGGUAAGGAAAAAACAGAGAAGAAAACAGCUAAAGCUGAAGAAAAACGAGCCCGUAGAGAGUCCAAGAAACUCUCCCCUGAAGAUGAUAUCGAUGCUAUAUUGCUGAGCAUACAAAAAGAGGAAGCUAAGAAGAAGGAAAUUCACAUUGAAGAUAACGUGCGUGCACCUUCUCCCCGAUCCAACUGUUCGUUGAACAUUAAUCCAUUGAAGGAGACUGAAUUAGUUCUCUACGGUGGUGAAUUUUACAAUGGCAGCAAGACGUUUGUAUAUGGCGAUCUUUACCGGUAUGAUGUGGAAAAGCAAGAGUGGAAGUUGAUUUCAAGCCCUAACAGUCCGCCUCCUCGCAGUGCACACCAAGCAGUUGCUUGGAAGAAUUAUCUUUAUAUUUUUGGUGGUGAAUUUACAUCUCCUAACCAAGAGCGAUUCCAUCACUACAAGGACUUUUGGGUGUUGGACUUGAAAACAAACCAAUGGGAGCAACUAAAUUAUAAAGGCUGUCCUUGUCCACGUUCAGGUCAUCGCAUGAUCUUGUACAAGCACAAGAUUAUAGUUUUUGGAGGCUUCUAUGACACUCUUAGGGAAGUCAGGUAUUACAAUGAUCUGCAUGUAUUUGAUCUUGAUCAGUAUAAGUGGCAAGAGAUAAAACCUACACCUGGAUGCAUGUGGCCGAGUGCUCGAAGUGGCUUCCAAUUUUUUGUUAAUCAAGAUGAGAUAUAUCUAUAUGGUGGUUAUUCCAAAGAAGUUUCAUCAGAUAAAAGUGGCUCAGAGAAGGGAAUUGUUCACUCAGACAUGUGGUCCCUUGAUCCUAAGACGUGGGAAUGGAACAAGGUAAAAAAAAGUGGCAUGCCUCCUGGGCCUCGUGCUGGUUUCUCUAUGUGCGUCCAUAAAAAGCGGGCUAUACUAUUUGGAGGUGUCGUGGAUAUGGAAAUGGAAGGUGAUGCUAUGAUGAGCUUGUUCCUGAAUGAACUUUAUGGCUUCCAAUUAGACAAUCAUCGCUGGUAUCCAUUGGAGCUGCGGAAGGAGAAAUCUACAAAACAUAAGCAAAAGCAAGUUUUAGAUGAGCAAGCUGACAGCAUGGAUGUUGAUAUUAAGACAAGUGCAAUGGAAGUUGAUGCAAAUGAUGAAGAUGAGGACCUUGAUUAUGAAGAUGAUGGCAGCACAAAAGGCAAUAUCAAUAAAAUGUCUUUGAACAUGAAAAAGAAUGUGACUAUUGAUGAUGGCAAUGUAGCUUCUAGCUCUGAGGAAAAGCCAGUUGUUUCUAGCUCUAAAUCUUCAGUCGUGCAAAAUUCAGCUUCAGCAGAUGUAGUAAAGCCCAGUGGGCGUAUCAAUUCAUGCAUGGCUGUGGCAAAAGAUACCUUAUAUAUCUACGGUGGCAUGAUGGAAAUUAGAGAUCAAGAGAUUACUCUUGAUGACUUAUAUAUGCUUAAUCUCAGUAAACUUGAUGAAUGGAAAUGCAUUAUCCCGGCAUCUGAGUCUGAGUGGGUUGAAGUGUCAGAUAAUGAAGAUGAUGAGGACGAAGAUGAAGAUGACAGUGAAGACGAAGAUUGUGAGAGUGGUGAUGGUAGCGACGAGGACACUGAUGAAGAAGUUGAUGUUGAGGCUAGGAAUGGUGCAUCAACAUCAGUUGAAACUGGAGAUGCCGUUGCCAUAAUUAGAGGUGAAGGUAAAACACUGAGAAGGAAGGAGAAACGAGCCAGAAUUGAGCAAAUCAGAGCUAGUCUUGGUCUUUCUGAUGCUCAAAGAACACCAGUGCCGGGGGAGUCUCUGAGGGAAUUCUACAAACGAACAAAUAUGUACUGGCAAAUGGCAGCAUAUGAACACACACAACAUACGGGAAAGGAGCUGCGUAAGGAUGGUUUUGAUCUUGCUGAAUGUCGGUACAAGGAGCUCAAACCUAUCCUUGAUGAGCUGGCCAUUCUAGAGGCGGAGCAGAAGGCGGAAGAGGCAGAGGGACCUGAAAAGAGUAGUGCAAAGAAGAGAGGAAACAAGAAAAACAAAAAUGUAGCAUCCAAGUAGCCUUGGUCCUCGUGACCUUAGAUUCGACUUAUCUCCUCAUCUGGUAAAGGCCCCAAAAGGAGAUAUUGAAAUGCCAGUGUAGAUUCUUUCACCAAAACAGGGUUGCAGGAAGAUAUUCUUGUUCCGUUUGCCUAAAGAUGCGAGAGCCAAUAUGUAUAAGUCAAGCAGCGGAUUUUCCAGCCUCAAGAAUUUAAACUUCUAUAGGCCAACUUCGACUUGUGUGGUAGUUAUUGUUUUAUAUAUUUGCGUUUUGCAGUUUUGAUAUGGCUAGCAAGUUGAGUGGAGACGAACAUGAUAAGAUGUAAUUGUAAGGAUAGAUAUUCAACAAAGGUUAAAAAUGGAGUGGCAUCUUCGACAAACGUGAAGACAAUGUAAGGGUAUGUUUGUUGCAUGAAUCAAACAUAGUCAAUAGUGAGAAAAGAUUGGCAAA